CGUUGAAGUGUUCGGCAAAAUGGUCUUCCAGUUUGUGCGUUUGAUCGUUCCAAUGUACAGCAGAAUCCAAAUUGUGUUGUGUCUAAUUUUACUCUGUGAAGUUAUUUCUUCGACGAUUCCUUCUGGAGCAGAUAAGAAAAAUACUGGAGGUCGCGGCACCAUUGAUUUUGAAGAGUUCUUGGUGACGUUGGCGAGGCAGAUGAGAGAAGAAGUGAAAGGAAAGUCUGACAAAGACAUCGCAGAAUUCUUUCGUGUAUUUGAUAGCCAUGCUGACGGCUUCAUCGAUUGUUCUGAGCUGCAUAUUGCCAUCAUGGCUGCUGGGGAGCAUGUUACAGAGGAGGAAGCUCAUGAACUCAUCAGGGAGUGGGACAAGAACACUGAUGGCAAACUUGACUUGGAUGAAUGGUCAAAGUUGUUGAAGAAUGACCAGUAAAACAGCCAACAUCCCUCAGCAACCCACUGUGAUACAACAAUUUCAUGACCUGUGUGUCGUCACCCUUCUCCGAUCAACUGCCUAGACAUCUGAAAUACACUCAAUGAUUGCAAAGAAUUCAAAAUCUGAUUGACAGGACUGGAGGUACAUAUAUAGCAAAGAGCUUCAUAGUUGCUGUAAUUCUCUCUUUGUGAGGAAGAAGCAAUCGCAUAUGUAUGAAACGCUCAGUGAUUUUCCUCUCAGCCUGGAACGCUGCACAAUUUAUUCAAAACCAUUUCCUAAUAAAGUUAAUGCCAAUUUUUUCCACCCA